AUGGGAAUUUUAUUAUAUUUAGGUGUUGAGAAGCGUGAGAUAGCGGGAGAGCUUCAUCAGUUAGCUUGCUUGGGAUUCAGAUUGUUAGAGGCAGAUGAUAGUGGGGUCAUAAUUCAGGACACAACCGUAUCAUAUCUAUUUGUAGAAGUAAAAUCACAGCAACAGAAGGAUCCUAGCUUAAAGCAGCUCAGAUCCGAGGCUCAGGAUCAACAGUCUUUAGCAUUUGAUAUAGUUGAAGAUGGAGUCCUCAGAUACAACUGUCGAUUGUGUGUUCCAAAUGUUGCAGGGAUUCGACAUCGGAUUAUGGAACAGGCACAUCAUUCCUAUUACUCUAUUCACCUUGGUUCGACGAAAAUGUACCAUGAUAUUAAGGAGAUCUAUUGGUGGCCCAGGAUGAUCAAGGACGUUGCUGAGUUUGUGGCACAAUGUCCUAACUGUCAACAGGUGAAGGUUGAGUACUAA